GCAGAAGCACUAUCUGCCAUUCAUCCCAGCAUUGCAAUUUGCAACCACAUUACCCGUCUCUUCCUUGUCGGAGAAGAGCUCCACUUCAAUCCCAAUAUAAUACUACUACUACUACGUCUCCUGAUUCUUGAAUCCCUCAAUUCAUUCACUCUGUGUUUCUGGUCACCUUUUCUCCCUGCACUUAGCAACACCGAAGAGAAUAAGGAAAACCUUAUUGACAUAUCUGCACUCUGCAGCUUCUUUCUCUUCAUUUCCAUUCUAUCCUCGUAGAUCUUCAACAAGUCUUGUGGUAACUGUGAGAGUGAGAGGUGUGCGAGUUUUUCUGCCUCUAUCAAGAUCCUUCAUCUUAUCCGUCUGCGAGUGAAAAGUCUUUGUCAGUCAGAGAAUUGGUUUGUGAAGGAGUAUGGCCAUGGUGGCGCAGCAUCAUAGAGAGGGAGAAACCAUAAAUACGCAUCUGGAUUCCGGCAAGUAUGUAAGGUACACGGCUGAACAGGUGGAGGCGUUGGAGAGGGUUUACUCCGAGUGCCCUAAGCCCUCCUCCUUGCGCCGCCAGCAGCUCAUCAGGGAAUGCCCCAUUCUCUGCAACAUUGAGUCCAAACAGAUCAAAGUCUGGUUCCAGAACCGCAGGUGUCGAGAGAAGCAGCGGAAUGAAUCCACCAGGCUUCAGAGUGUCAACAGAAAAUUGAGUGCCAUGAAUAAGCUAUUGAUGGAGGAAAACGAUCGUCUGCAGAAGCAGGUUUCUCAGCUGGUUUGCGAGAAUGGGUAUAUGCGCCAACACUUGCAAACUGCAUCUGUACCGACCACUGAUGCCAGUUCCGAGUCAGCGGCCACGACCCCACAGCAUUCUCUUAGAGAUGCUAACAAUCCUGCUGGACUCCUCUCUAUUGCUGAGGAGACCUUGGCGGAAUUCCUCUCAAAGGCUACAGGAACUGCUGUUGAUUGGGUCCAGAUGCCUGGGAUGAAGCCUGGUCCGGAUUCGGUUGGAAUAUUUUCCAUUUCGCAGCGUCGGGGUGGAGUGGCAGCUCGAGCUUGUGGUCUUGUUAGUUUGAUACCUUCCAAGAUUGCUGAGAUCCUUAAAGAUCGUCCAUCUUGGUUUCGUGACUGUCGAAGCCAAGAGAUUUUCACUAUUUUUCCUGCUGGAAAUGGAGGGACCAUCGAGCUCUUACAUACACAGACAUAUGCACCGACUACUCUGGCUCCAGCUCGUGAUUUUUGGACUCUAAGAUACACAACCUCAUUGGAGAAUGGUAGCCUCGUGCAUUUGAAGGUAUGUGAGACAUCACUUUCUGGUACUGGGGCUGGGCCAUCUGCAGCUGCUGCAUCACAAUUUAUCAGAGCUGAAAUGCUUCCGUCUGGAUAUUUGAUUCGGCCUUGUGAGGAUGGAGGGUCAAUUAUGCACAUCGUAGAUCACCUUAAUCUCCAGGCAUGGAGCGUGCCAGAAGUAUUGCGGCCGCUUUAUGAAUCAUCAAAAGUUGUGGCGCAGAAAAUGACAAUCUCGGCGCUAAGAUAUGUUCGGCAGAUAGCCCAGGAGACAAGUGGGGAAGUAGUAUAUGGUCUCGGUCGGCAGCCUGCUGUUUUGCGGACCUUCACCCAGAGAUUAAGCAGAGGCUUUAAUGAUGCUAUUAACGGAUUCAAUGAUGACGGGUGGUCGAUAUUAAAUUGUGAUGGUGCUGAAGAUGUAGUAGUUGCCACUAAUUCAGCCAAGAAUCUAACUACUGCAAGUGUUCUCUGUGUAAAAGCAUCUAUGCUGCUUCAGAAUGUCCCUCCAGCUGUGCUAAUUCGCUUUUUGAGGGAGCAUCGAUCAGAGUGGGCGGACUUCAAUGUUGAUGCCUAUGCUGCCAUGUCAUUGAAGUCACGUGCAUGCUCAUAUCCUAAAAUGAGGCCGACGAGAUUCACCGGAACCCAAAUAAUCAUGCCUUUGGGUCAAACGAUUGAACAUGAAGAGAUGCUUGAAGUUGUUCGUUUGGAAGGCCACUCGCUUACUCAUGAGGAUGCUUUUUCAUCCAGGGACGUUCAUCUUCUACAGAUGUGCAGUGGGGUUGAUGAGAAUUCUGUGGGAGCCUGCUCGGAGCUUAUUUUUGCACCCAUUGACGAGAUGUUUCCAGAUGAUGCACCGCUGCUGCCUUCUGGUUUCCGCAUAAUCCCACUUGAUUCAAAAUCAGGCGACUCACGUGAUUUAUUGGCCUCGCACAAGACACUAGAUUUGACAUCGAGCCUCGAAGUUGGCCCAACAGCCAGCCAUGGUGCAGAAAAUGCAGGGUCAUCUUACAAUGCACGAUCAGUGUUGACUAUUGCUUUCCAAUUCCAAUUCGAGAGCAAUUUACAUGACAAUGUUGCCACAAUGGCUCGUCAGUAUGUCCGUAGCGUGAUCUCCUCAGUGCAGAGGGUUGCCACAGCCAUUUAUCCAUCGGGGUUGAGCCCAACAGCCGGGCCAAAGGUGUCUCCGGUCUCUCCUGAAGCUCAAACGCUCGCACAUUGGAUAUGCCAGAGCUUUAGCUUCCAUAUGGGAACCGAGUUGCUAAGAUCCGAAUCUACAGGCGGCGGCUCAGUAUUGAAGACGCUUUGGCAUCACCAGGAUGCCAUCUUAUGCUGCUCCAUGAAGGCUCUGCCAGUUUUUGUAUUUGCGAAUCAGGCUGGGCUCGACAUGCUGGAGACAACGCUGGUUUCUCUGCAAGACAUCGCAUUAGAUAAGAUAUUUGAUGACUCUGGUCGCAAAGCAUUGUUCUUGGAAUUCGCUAAGAUCAUGCAAGAGGGAUUUGCUUGCUUACCUGGUGGCAUUUGCACGUCAACAAUGGGGCGGCAUGUCUCGUACGAACAAGCCAUCGCGUGGAAGGUCUUUGUGGAAGAAGAGAGCUCCUCCGUCCACUGCCUUGCUCUCUCUUUUGUCAACUGGUCAUUCAUUUGAAUCUCUCAAUCUCACUUUCCCAGAAGAAAAUUGAAUAUGGGCGAAACAAAAAGUUUGGACAUCUAUUUCUGUUUUUUUGCUAAUUUACAGUGGUCUAAAUUGUGAUUCUCCAAUGUAUAUUCUCUUCCGCCCUAGCCACCUUAAUCUAUUGAUAGAAUCCUUUUCUUGUUAAAAA